UGAUGGAGGGAUGGAGCCAGGGCUGCAGCGCCAUGGCAACAGCCUAGCCCCGCCGCAGCAUCCGCCGCAGCAUCCCCCGCACCAUCCCCCGCGGCCUCGCCGGACCGCAGCUUAAAUAUACUGCCGCAAAAUAGAAUUUCAAGCAAUCGUUUGUCGAAGAUUCUGGGCCAUAUUAACCAAGGUAGAAAGAGCCAAAAUGAAGCACUUUCUGAGAUGGUGAUGAAGGUGACAUCUUGGAAUGCCGUGACUUCCCGUUCAUGUUCCAAAUUGAAGAAAAACUUGCGUAUGCCCAGCAGAAUGCUGAUCCAGAUGUUCCUAUUUUUUUACUGUAAAUUCCUGUGGCGUUGUCUGAAAUUUGUAGUGAGGAAACUAACAGGGCGAUGUGAACUGCAAAGGAUCUGUUACAACACCAAGCCCGGGGCCAGCAGAACCAUGAAAAUAGAAUCAUCGCUCAGAGGUUCAAAGAAUAAGCUUUUGCAAACUUCAGUAAGUGUUCACCCUGAUGCUAUUGAAAAGACUAUAGAUGACAUCAUGGAACUAAAAGAAAUUAAUCCUGACAUAAAUCCACAGUUGGGAAUCUCUCUUCAGGCCUGUCUUUUGCAAAUUGUGGGGUACAGAAACCUUGUUGCUGAGGUUGAAAAACUCCGCAGGGAGCCAUAUGAUUCAGAUAAUCCUCUACACGAAGAAAUGCUUUUAAAGUUGUGGAAAUUCUUGAAGCCCAACACUCCUUUGGAAGCUCGAAUUUCUAAGCAGUGGUGUGAAAUUGGUUUCCAAGGUGAUGAUCCUAAAACGGAUUUUCGAGGGAUGGGUCUACUGGGAUUAUAUAACUUGGAGUAUUUUGCGGAGCGGGAUUCCGCAGCAGCCCAGCAAGUCCUCUCUGAUUCUCUUCAUCCAAGAUACAGGGAGGUCACUAAGCAGGAGAUGAGCAAAGUCACCAAAGCAGAGUGGGAAAAGAAAAGAUUUGAUAAAGCAAUCGGGUAUUCUUUUGCCAUAGUGGGCAUUAACAUAACUGACCUUACUUAUAACUUGCUGGUAAGCGGAGCCUUGAAGACUCAUUUCUACAACGUUGCCCCUGAAGCCCCAACAUUGUCCCAUUUUCAGCAAACCUUCUGCUAUCUGAUGCAUGAGUUUCAUAAAUUUUGGAUCGAGGAGGAUCCCUUGGACAUAAUGGAGUUCAAUCGUGUGCGGGAGAAAUUCCACAAGCGGAUCUUAAAACAGCUCCAAAGUCCAGACAUGGCACUGUGCCCCCACUUUGCUGCCUCAGAAGGUUUAAUCAACAUGUAAUGCCCGAUUUUCACUUUGCCGGGAAAUACUUGGAUCACUGCCCUUCCGUUGUGUUAGAUCCCCGCUUAGGUCAUGACUCCCACAUUGAAUGAACGCAGCGAUCGUAUGCAUGCUUUCUCGUGCUGUUUCUCCACCUAUCUUGUCAUAAGCACCAGAUCCCCAAAUCCUACUGUUUCCAGGGGACCAUGGCAUUAUGCAGUGUUACAUCCUGAACUGACGCCAGGUACGAAGAGAGUUUUCUAUUUUUUUAAAUAUUUCUCCCCUCAUAAAUCAACAUUGAAGAACUGUAUUUCUCUAGCUGCAUUUUGUAUAUGUGAAAUAAUCAGCUGAAUCUUGUACUGUGAAAGCCUUUUAACUUAUUGAUACGUUGGCAUUUCAAGCCAAGUCAAAGCUCAGAGCUCAUUGCCAUGAAGUAUGUACCUUUAGUAUACUACAGGCCACCACAUGAUAAGCCAAACUGUUCCCCUCGCAAGCAUAUAGUUGCGCUUCAUGAAAAUGUAAUGAAACUUACGAGAUACAAACUUCCGUAGAGAUGUCUGAUUCCAAUAAGGCAGAAUUGCACUGGACUUCCAUCAUCUCUGUCAGUUUCAUGGUCUUGUGACUAUCAAAUGAUUUUUCCUUCCAUUAUAGCAUUCACAGUGAUGGAAUACUUAAAAAGAAAUAUCCUUUUUCCAGAGGUUAUGAAGAUUUGAUCGCUUUAUUGCCCAAGAGACAGCUCAGGCCUGAUCGAAGCUGGCUCUGCUGGUUGAAUUGGGCCAGUUUAAAGUGUGAACAGUUUAUCUAAUCAGCAGGUGGCAUGAAUUAACAAUUUGCAUGGAAAUGAGCUACCGGGAAGAAGUAAAAAGUCGUGCCUUCCGUUGGCACUUCUUGGCAAUUGCAAUUCAGUUUUCACUCACAACAAAGAGAAAAUUGCUCUAAAGACUUUGGAAAAAGAUCCAUAUAUUCCAAAACUGCUAUUAAAAAAAAUAGGAUCCAAUUUUUAAAAAAAUAUGUUUGGAAUUAUGACUGGGUAGUCUGUUGAACUGUUGAACCAUGGCAUUUCACACCCAUGGUAUUUUUUUAAUCUUCUAUCAAUUUUAGUAUCAUUCGAGGUUUAUGUAAUCACGUACAUUCUAAGAUGAAUUUUGAGUAUUGCCCAAUUUAUUGUCAAUUAUCCAAUAAAUUAUCACUCUAAA